AUACAAAAGGUCAAACAUAUUGACAAGCUCUUCUAAAGAUUGAGAUCUAGAGAGAAAUAGCCAAUGGGUUCUUCUUCUAAAGAUCAAUUGCCGCCAUAUCCGAACGCAGCUCGAAUCUCCGAUUCUCAAUGCUAUUCUCAGUACACUGCUUCUCUCAAAUGUUUGGAAGAAUUUAGCUCUGAUAAAAGCAAAUGUCAAGAACAUUUUGAUGUCUACAAGGAAUGCAAGAAGAAAGAGAGAGAGGCUAGAUUGGAGCGCAAUCGAAGUCGAUCACUUUUCUCAUGAAGCUUCAUUAAUGACUCCUAACAUUUCAUCCUUUUAAAGUUGUGAGCAUUUGAACAAAUGAUUAUGUAUUACUUUAUUAAUGUUUUUCAUAAUAAACUUUGUUAUGUACUUAUGUUAAUAAUACUAGUUUUUUGUUUGCGAAAA